AUGGAUUUAAUAAAUAAUGAAGUAAAGUCAGAAGAUAGUAUCCUUAGAGGAGAAGUUGAAAUCGAUUCCGUGAAUGACGAUCUGAACAAGCUGGGCCAUUCAGAUUCCUACUCCUCAGAUACAUCCUCCUCUGUCUUUCAUAAAAAUAAAGCAACAAGCUAUGAUUUUGCCGAAUGUUGGGAUAACAAACCCAUCAGUCAACAAGUAAUGGAUAAUUCAAUUUAUAAUAAGGAUUUAAGAGAAUGUUUUGAAAAUAAUGUAGAACAAAAUUUAGAAAACGAAGUAAAUGAUAAUUUAGAAGUUGGUAAAGGAGAAGUUAAAGACAAUGCACCAAUUUAUGAUUUAAAUUUUGAAUUGAAAAAUGACUUGAAUAGCAUGGAGAAUGAAAUAAUUGAAGAAUUGAAUAAUAAUGUGGAAAUGAUGGGACUAAUGGAAAAUAUGGUGAAUAACUCCAAAUUCACAGCCAGAACACGAUUUAAUUACGAUUUAGAUGAUAAGUUUACUCUAGAUCCGCUUUUACAAAAAGAAACUUUCGCUAGUGAUGACAACGAAGAUUACAUUCCAGACUUGGAACACUCCAUAGAUGACUACUUGUUAAAAACUAAAAGAGAUGACUUUGACUCUAAAACAGAUUUUGAGCGUGAAGUAAAUCCCGAAAUACAAAGGGAGAGGUCAUUGAGUAAUUUCUCAAAUUGUGAUAACGUAACCGAAGAAUUUUAUAAAUUUGAACUUGAGAAGAUGAGCAGAAUCAUAAAAGUGUUGAAGGAGCAGCUAAACUUGAAGGACAAGGAGAUUUCAAAAUUGGAGGAGAAGGUCCAGGAGUACAACGAGUGGAAAUCGGAGCUUGAGCCGAGUAAGCAGGCCUCAGUGAUCCAAUGUAAAGCAGAAAACGAUUCAGUUGUGGCCUUAAACUUCGCCAAACUACAGUUACAAAAAAAGGAAAACGAGACCCUGACACAACGUUUGAAGAAGAUGGAAGAAGAACAUAGGAUGAAAGAUGAUGAGCUGAAAUCAUUGCGUGAGCGCAUAAUGGAGAAUGAAUUUAUCUCGAACAAGUUCGACCGAGACUUGAAAUCGCUUGAGAUUGACAAGCAAAUGCUCAAGAGUUCAAUUGAGGGGAUGGAGAAGACGUUUAGACAGAGAGAAAUCCAACUUAAACUGAACCUUGACAUGGAGUAUCAGAGUCAGCUGUCGAAUGUUCUCAAAGAGAAGGAAGAACUCAUAUCAUUGGUUACGGAAAAGGAGAAUGAAAUUGAAAAUUGUAAACAGCUUCUUAAAACUGCACAAGUUGAGUUCACACAAUUGCUUAACUCUAUAGCAAAGUUGAAGGAAAUGUUGAUGAAGAAAAACCAAGAAAUAGAAAUGUAUAAGAAGAAUGUAUUAAAGUUAGAAACGAAGUUAAUAACUAAUGACAAGAGCUCAGAACUCAGAGUAUCUCUAGAGAACCAAUCAAAGAUGAGGGAACGCAUUCGUCAGCUUGAGCGCAAGAUCGAGAUGAUAAAUGAGUCAUUUAACGUACAAUCCAGGCUCAAGGAGGAAAAUUUGUACCUCAGAGCCAAGGUGGACCAUUUGGAAAAGGGCCCUACCUCGGAAAUAAUAUCACAAAGUGUUCUACAAUUGGGAAAUCAAAUACUUCCCCUAUCACUAACUUCAUUUAAGCAUAAUUAA